AGGUAGCGAGCCGACAACCACUGCUUGAGAGAUGGUCAUUGUUACUCGGGGCGACUAUAUAUGGAUCGAGCCCGUCUCAGGAAAAGAGUUUGAUGUAGCUAUCGGCGCCCGAGUCGUUUCUGCGGAAGGCAGACGAAUUCAAGUCAGAGACGACGAUAAUAAGGAGCAAUGGCUAACACCGGAGAGGAGGAUAAAGGCAAUGCAUGCGACGUCGGUACAAGGCGUCGAGGACAUGAUAAGUUUAGGCGACCUCCACGAAGCCGGAAUCCUUAGGAAUUUGCUUAUACGCUACAAUGAGAAUCUCAUUUAUACUUACACCGGUUCGAUUCUCGUUGCUGUUAAUCCCUAUCAGAUUCUGCCGAUCUAUACAGCCGAGCAGAUAAAAUUAUAUAAAGAUCGUAAGAUCGGCGAGCUACCUCCUCAUAUAUUUGCUAUUGGCGAUAACAGUUAUGCUCACAUGAAUCGUUAUGGGCAAGAUCAAUGCAUCGUUAUAAGUGGCGAAAGUGGAGCGGGCAAAACAGAAAGUACAAAAUUAAUUUUACAGUAUUUGGCGGCUAUUAGCGGAAAGCACUCGUGGAUCGAGCAGCAGAUUUUGGAAGCAAAUCCUAUACUCGAAGCUUUUGGAAAUGCAAAAACGGUCAGAAAUGAUAAUUCGUCCAGGUUUGGAAAAUAUAUCGAUAUUCAUUUCAGCGAACAAGGAGUUAUAGAAGGAGCAAAAAUCGAACAAUAUCUAUUGGAAAAAUCACGAAUAGUCUCACAGAGCUUAGACGAACGAAAUUAUCAUAUUUUUUAUUGCAUGCUGGCUGGUUUAAUGAAAGAAGAAAAACAGAAACUUGAAUUAGAAGAAGCAUCGACGUAUAAGUACUUAAUAGGUGGUGGAAGUAUUACGUGCGAGGGUCGCGAUGAUGCCGCUGAAUUUUCGGAUAUUCGCUCGGCAAUGAAAGUUUUACUUUUUAGCGACAGCGAAAUAUGGGAAAUUCUAAAGCUACUCGCGGCUGUGUUGCACAUGGGUAAUGUAAAAUACAAAGCUACGGUUAUUGACAAUCUCGAUGCAACGGAAAUACCCGAGCAAACUAAUGUUAAAAGAGUUGCUCAGUUGCUGGGCGUACAAGUUCAGUCUCUCAUCGAUGCUCUGACACGUAGAACAAUUUUCGCGAGCGGUGAGACUGUUGUUUCUACAUUAUCGCGAGAUCAGUCGGUAGAUAUUAGAGAUGCUUUUGUAAAAGGCAUUUACGGCAGAUUAUUUAUACACAUAGUGAAAAAAAUUAAUGAAGCAAUAUUCAGGCCAAAACAUGCAUCUCGAAGCGCUAUUGGAGUACUCGAUAUUUUUGGCUUUGAAAAUUUUAAUCAUAAUAGUUUUGAACAAUUUUGUAUUAAUUACGCGAAUGAAAAUUUGCAACAGUUUUUUGUACAACACAUUUUUAAAUUGGAACAAGAAGAGUAUAACCACGAAGGGAUAAAUUGGCAGCACAUAGAAUUUGUUGAUAAUCAAGACGCAUUAGAUUUAAUUGCCAUAAAACAAUUAAAUAUAAUGGCACUGAUCGACGAAGAGGCGAAGUUCCCUAAGGGUACAGAUCAGACAAUGCUUGCGAAAAUUCAUAAAACUCAUGGAACACAUCGAAAUUAUUUGAAGCCUAAAUCCGACAUUAAUACUUCAUUUGGUCUAAAUCACUUCGCUGGUGUCGUAUUUUACGACACACGAAGUUUUCUCGAAAAAAAUAGAGAUACGUUUAGCGCCGACCUCUUACAGUUAAUACACAUAUCGUCGAAUAAAUUCCUGCAGACCUGUUUCGUAGAAGAUAUCGGUAUGGGAUCGGAAACAAGAAAAAGGGCUCCCACGCUUUCGACGCAAUUUAAAAAAUCUUUAGAUGCCCUAAUGAAAACUUUGUGCAAUUGCCAACCUUUUUUCAUCCGAUGUAUAAAGCCCAAUGAAUAUAAAAAGCCAAUGAUGUUCGAUCGAGGCCUUUGUUGUCGACAAUUGCGCUAUUCUGGAAUGAUGGAGACAAUAAGGAUAAGACGGGCAGGGUAUCCAAUUCGUCAUUCUUUCUCGGAGUUUGUUGAACGAUAUCGGUUCCUUAUACCCGGUAUACCUCCAGCACACAAGACUGAUUGCCGAUAUGCAACGACGAAACUCUGCCAUGUGGUACUGGGCAGAUCGGACUAUCAGCUCGGCCACACCAAAGUAUUCCUCAAAGAUGCCCACGAUUUGUUUCUCGAGCAAGAGCGCGACCGCGUGCUCACACGAAAAAUUCUCAUUCUUCAAAAGAACAUCCGCGGUUGGGUUUAUCGGCGACGCUUCCUACGCAUGCGAGCCGCUGCCAUAAAAAUCCAGAAGCACUGGCGCGGCUUCGCACAACGUCAGCGAUACAAGCGCAUGAGGAUUGGCUACAUGAGGCUACAAGCCCUCAUUAGGUCUAGGGUACUGUCGCACAGGUUCCGGCAUUUGAGAGGUCAUAUUGUAGCGUUGCAAGCAAGGGCGAGGGGCCACCUGGUGAGGCGCGCCUACAGGAAGAAAAUGUGGGCGAUAGUCAAAAUACAGGCGCACGUGCGGCGAAUGAUAGCCCAGAGGAGAUACAAGAAGCUCAAGUACGAGUAUAGGCUGCACAUAGAAGCUUUAAGGCUGAGAAAAAAGGAAGAGAGGGAGCUAAAGGAUCAGGGCAAUAAGAGGGCCAAAGAAAUUGCUGAUCAACAUUUCAGGGAACGUAUGCAAGAAUUAGAAAGGAAAGAAAUCGAAAUGGAAAUGGAAGACAGACGUCGGAUGGAGAUAAAAAAGAAUCUUAUUAACGACGCUGCGAAGAAACAGGAUGAACCCGUGGAUGAUAGUAAACUCGUCGAGGCGAUGUUUGAUUUCUUACCGGAUUCCAGUAGUGAAGCGCCAACACCAGCCAGAGAAACUUCAGUAUAUAAUGAUCUUCCCGCGCCCAAAGCCGAUCAACAAGAAAUCAUUAGCCCCAUGCAAACAGCAUCGGAAGACGAAGAAGAUUUGUCGGAAUUCAAAUUCCAAAAAUUUGCCGCAACUUACUUUCAAGGCAAUAUUACGCAUCAGUAUUCGAGGAAACCACUUAAGCAUCCACUCUUACCUCUACACACACAAGGGGAUCAAUUGGCCGCACAAGCUUUGUGGAUUACAAUUCUACGAUUUACAGGAGACUUGCCAGAACCCCGAUUUCAUACGAUGGACAGAGACAAUACUUCGGUCAUGUCGAAGGUUACCGCUACACUUGGUCGGAAUUUCAUCAGAAGUAAAGAAUUUCAAGAGGCACAGUUAAUGGGAAUGGAUCCUGAAUCAUUCCUCAAGCAAAAACCACGAUCUAUCCGCCACAAGCUCGUGUCCCUCACUCUGAAGCGUAAAAACAAGCUCGGCGAGGAUGUUCGGCGCCGACUUCAAGAAGACGAGUACACAGCCGACAGCUAUCAAUCCUGGCUUGAAGCUCGACCCACUUCGAAUCUCGAGAAGCUCCACUUCAUCAUUGGCCAUGGCAUACUUCGGGCCGAGCUCCGCGAUGAAAUCUAUUGUCAAAUAUGCAAGCAACUCACGAACAAUCCAUCAAAAUCCUCCCACGCCCGGGGUUGGAUUCUACUCUCGCUCUGCGUCGGCUGUUUCGCCCCUUCGGAAAAGUUUGUCAACUACUUGAGGGCAUUCAUACGCGAGGGUCCACCAGGCUAUGCUCCGUACUGCGAGGACAGAUUGAAGCGAACCUUUAACAAUGGGACACGCAAUCAACCGCCAAGCUGGUUGGAGCUCCAGGCGACUAAAUCCAAGAAGCCAAUAAUGCUGCCUAUUACUUUCAUGGAUGGCAAUACCAAAACACUUCUUGCUGACUCGGCGACCACGGCACGAGAAUUGUGUAAUCAGUUGUCGGACAAGAUAUCGCUCAGGGAUCAGUUUGGUUUCUCUCUGUACAUCGCACUUUUCGAUAAGGUUUCGUCGCUGGGCAGUGGAGGCGAUCACGUGAUGGACGCAAUUUCGCAGUGCGAACAGUACGCGAAGGAACAAGGCGCACAAGAAAGGAACGCGCCGUGGCGUCUGUUCUUUAGGAAGGAAAUAUUCGCCCCGUGGCACGAGCCAACGGAAGAUCAGGUAGCGACAAAUCUGAUUUACCAGCAGGUCGUGCGGGGCGUGAAAUUCGGGGAGUACAGAUGCGACAAGGAGGAAGACUUGGCGAUGAUCGCGGCCCAGCAAUACUACAUUGAAUAUCACACGGACAUGAACGUGGAAAGGUUGUUCACCUUGUUGCCGAAUUACAUUCCCGAUUAUUGCUUGACGGACGUCGACAAGGCCAUCGAGAGAUGGGGUCACCUCGUGUUGCAAGCUUACAAAAAAAGUUAUUACUUAAAAGAAAAAGUACCUGCUCUUCGAGUCAAGGAGGAUAUCGUUGGUUACGCAAAAUUUAAAUGGCCAUUACUCUUUUCUCGCUUCUACGAAGCGUACAGAAACUCCGGACCAAAUCUUCCGAAAAACGACGUCAUCAUCGCCGUCAACUGGACCGGUGUUUAUGUCGUAGACGAUCAAGAACAAGUGCUUUUAGAAUUAUCAUUCCCCGAAAUUACCACCGUUUCUAGUCAAAAAACAAAUAAGAUGUUCACUCAAACGUUCAGCUUAUCGACGGUACGAGGCGAGGAGUUUACUUUCCAAAGUCCCAGCGCCGAGGAUAUUCGCGACUUAGUCGUAUACUUUCUGGAGGGUCUGAAAAAACGUAGCAAGUACGCUAUAGCCUUGCAGGAUUACAAGGGCGCGGGAGAAAGCUCGACGUUCUUAACGUUCCAGAAGGGAGAUCUUAUAACGCUAGACGAGGACGGCGGCGACGAGACAGUUUACAAUUCGGGUUGGUGCGUCGGUGUGUGUGAGCGAACGGGCGAAAAGGGCGACUUCCCCUCUGAAACUGUUUACGUGCUGCCGUCGUUGUCGAAGCCUCCGAACGAUAUUUUGUCAUUAUUCAGUGUUAACGGGAAUGAAAAUGGACGAAGACUGUAUCCUCAACAAAUGAAUGGCGUUGAAACUCGUGACAAACCGCAUACCCUAAUGGAAUAUGCGAUCGAUCAUUUUCGGCCCCCUCCAAAGAAGACCAUGUCAAAAGCAUUGACAUUAACGACAGCGCGACGAGGGCACCCUGACGAAUUAUGGCGUCAUUCUCGCGAGCCACUGAAGCAGCCGUUGUUACGAAAAUUAGUGUCCAAAGACGAAUUGGCAGACGAGGCUUGCUUCGCCUUCAACGCCAUUCUAAAAUACAUGGGGGAUUUGCCAACGAAGAGGCCGCGCGUCGGCAAUGAGUAUACGGACUUGAUUUUCGACGGACCGUUAAAGAAUGAAAUUCUCCGGGACGAAAUUUAUUGUCAAAUAAUGAAACAGCUGACCGAUAACAGGAAUAGGCUGAGCGAGGAACGCGGUUGGGAACUGAUGUGGUUGGCAACGGGUCUUUUCACAUGCAGCCAGAGCCUUUUAAAGGAAUUGACAUUAUUUUUACGGACACGGCGUCAUCGCAUAUCGCAAGAUUCUUUGCAAAGGCUACAAAAAACUUUACGAAAUGGUCAACGAAAAUAUCCACCGCAUCAAGUGGAAGUCGAAGCAAUUCAGCACAAAACUACCCAAAUAUUUCACAAAGUAUAUUUUCCAGAUGAUACGGACGAAGCAUUUGAAGUCGACUCUUCAACUAGAGCUAAGGAUUUCUGCCAAAAUAUUGCACAGCGUUUAAAUUUAAGGUCUUCCGAAGGUUUUAGCUUAUUUGUAAAAAUUGCCGAUAAAGUUAUUUCUGUACCGGAAGGUGACUUUUUCUUUGAUUUCGUUCGUCAUUUGACCGAUUGGAUGAGGAAAGCUCAUCCCACCAGAGACGGCUUAUCUCCACAAUUUACGUAUCAAGUAUUUUUUAUGAAGAAAUUAUGGACCAAUACUGUACCUGGUAAGGAUCGAAAUGCCGAUUUAAUAUUUCACUUUCACCAAGAACUACCGAAGUUGCUGAGAGGAUAUCAUAAGUGUACAAAGGAGGAAGCUUCAAGAUUAGCAGCAUUAGUAUAUAGAGUUCGAUUUGGAGAAAGUAAACAAGAGCUGCAAGCAAUACCUCAAAUGUUAAGGGAGCUUAUACCUGGCGAUUUAGUAAAAACACAAAGCUCAAACGAAUGGAAACGUUCUAUAAUUGCCGCAUACAAUCACGACGCCGGGAUGAGUCCCGAGGAUUCCAAAAUAACAUUUUUAAAAAUAGUCUAUCGAUGGCCAACAUUUGGAUCAGCAUUCUUUGAGGUAAAGCAAAGCACCGAACCAGACUAUCCUGAGCUGCUUUUAAUUGCUAUAAAUAAGCAUGGAGUCAGUUUGAUUCAUCCACAAUCAAAGGAAAUAUUGGUGACGCACCCAUUCACAAGAAUCUCUAAUUGGUCUUCCGGUAAUACGUACUUCCAUAUGACAAUAGGCAAUUUAGUUCGAGGCUCUAAAUUAUUGUGCGAAACGUCUCUUGGAUAUAAAAUGGAUGAUUUAUUAACUUCUUACAUUUCGCUGAUGCUUACGAAUAUGAAUAAGCAGCGAACGAUACGGAUAAAGUGAACG